CGAUAGUGUGAUUUGAAGUAAGCUUUUAACUUUAAUUUGAAAUCCAGUUGGGAGACUGUUUGCCUCCAUUACGAGAGUGGAGAAAGUGUACAUCCGUGUCUGAUAAUAUAAUAAACGAAUGUAUUGAAGAAAACUUGAUUCUUUAUAAAAGUAUCCACAAUGUUCAAUGUUAUUACAUGACUUGAUGAUGUCGAGGUUCGAAAUACAUUGCCCUUUAGGCAUGUGACGAACAACAUAGUUGUCAGACUAUGCUUUCAAGUUCAUAUGUUGAAAGAGAGAAAUCUCUGUACCAUCCAAUAUUCUUCAAAUACUUUUGAGAUUGAAGUUACCCAUUAUAUAUAGUAAAACUGUUAGUUUUGUUUAAACACAUAUCAGAUUAACCUAUUAUGAAAAACAACAUCUUAAUAAUAUUUCGUCGAACUUUUUACAAAAACGAAGCAAUGUUAUCAUAACAAAUCAACGUUUUAUUUUUAUCAAUGUUCAAUUUUUCCAAGAGCUUAAACCAGUGUUCUCCGAUAAUAAAGAUAUUGAAUUAUUUAUUGAUAAAAACAUUUUUCGACAUGCUGAUUUAUUACGUGUAGUGGAAUUUUAUCGUCAUCAAGUUAAUGAUCGUGUGACUAAAAAUUAUUUUUGUUAUGAGCGUGACACGACACAUAUGAAUACAUUUUUCGAUUAUGAUGCAACAAUAUAUCUAUGA